CAAGAAAUGUUUUGGCAAAAUUGGCGCUAAAGCUAAUUUUGUAGUAGGUAGAUAAAAUAAAAUUAUAAAAAUAAUAUAACGUUCUAAUUUUUCUAAUCGGAUUAUACUUGGUUCGAAAAAACCUAUUCGCGUUUAAAAAGUAUUGUGUACAGUUGUUUUUUAUAUAAUACCUAUCUAAUGUUUAAAUACCAAAUUGACUACGCCAAGAGUAGUCGGUCAGAAUGUAAAUCGUGCAAAAAAAAGAUUCUCAGCAAUGAAUUAAGGAUUGCCUAUGUCUUUAAGACAAAAGGGUUUUUUCAGCCACGUUGGAAUCAUGAAAGAUGUUUUUUCAAAAACGGCAAACGCUUUGCACACUUUAGUGAAUUUGAGAAUUUUAACACUCUUCAGCCUCAAGAUCAGAUAAGAAUUAAAGAGAACUUAGUUGAUCCUAAUGAGCAAAAUAGUAAUUGUGAAAAUGAUGAACGAAAAAUUGUGCUCGAUGAUAGAGAGAAAGCUAUUCUAUCAGAGUUUUCUAUAGAAAAAAGUAAAAUAUCUACUGCUUCUUGUAGGAUAUGCGGCUUAAGAAUAAUUAAGGAUGACCUGAGGAUUGCCAAAGUAGAAUAUUCAGUGAGGUAUGGCGAAACACCUAAAUUCCAUCAUUUGUCAUGCUUUUCAAAUAUAAGAAGCGACUUCAAAUUUUCUGUGGGAGGGGAAUAUAUGCCAGGAUUUGAAUUGUUGUCUGAAGCAGAUAAGGAAAAUGUCAAAGAUUACAUAAGACCACAUGUACAAAAACCAACCAUGAAGCAUAAGAUUGUGCCCGAGCAGAACACUCUGCGGCGCGGCAACGACGAGGAAAUAACACUGCAAAAUGAAACCUUUCACAAACAUAAGAGAGCUUUACGUGCAUUAUCUAAAAAUGAAUUGGAAAAUUUAUGUCAAAGGAAUGAUACGAAAUUUUUGAAAGGAACUGAAGAGCUAUUAAACUUGCUGGCGGAUUGUAUGACGUUCGGCGUAUUACAUAGGUGUCCGGAAUGCCUGGGACAGUUACAGCUUAAAACUUCGAAUUACGAAUGUACAGGUCAUCGCGAUGAAUGGGGCUCGUGUAAAUAUCAAACUAGGAAACCUCGCAGGAAAUUGAUGGAAAUUCCGCUGGAAUUGCUAAAGUAUGCAGGCUUUGGGGAUUAUGUGCCAACCUUAGGAGAAAGAAUAUUCAACGAUGAACGACUGAUAGAAAUACCUCCACAGCAGCCAAAGAAGCCAAGAACUAUACUCGUGCACGCGCCACUAAAGAACGUGCAGUUCUACAUACACGGUCUGAAAGCGGAGCAGAAGGAGGCGAUCAAGCGUCGCAUACUACGGCUCGGUGGGCUCGUCACCAGCCAGCUGGUGCAAACCGUAGCUGCGGUUGUUUCCACACCGGAUGCGCUGAAGAAGGGCUCAAGUGUGGUGGAGAAGAUCGAGAUUGGCGGCAUUCAUGUAAUUGAAGAAAAGUAUCUGGAUGAAAUUGAAUCUACUCCUAAUAUGGAACUAAUUGGUGCGCUGUCUCUCAUUGAGAAACAUAAUAUCGCGGAUUGGGCUUUUGAUGUUCUAUCUCGGGUACCGCAAGACGUCAUAGAAGGAAAGCAAGUAAAGGUGUCAGGAAAUAUGUAUGCAGCUAAAACGGUCGAUACUGAUAUUGCAACCACCAAAGUUAAGGAUGGGGUGCCAGUUUUGUGCAUCCAGGGACUGGAACAAGUGGCGCAUGUGUACAGAGAUGACGAACCAUUCACCGCGACCCUUAACCGAACAGACCUGAACUCUAAGUUUUGUGCCAACCUCAGUUGUACCAUACAGUUGCUAGAAGCUGAUUAUUCUAAACGGUACUGGGUUGUUAAGAGGACGGGUGAAACUGGUUCCAAACCUUUCUUAACUGUGAAAGAGUUUGAGGAUGACUUAAGCGGAGCUAAGGAAUUAUUUGAAAAGGAAUUUUUUAAGAAGACAGGGAACACGUGGUGUUCAAGGCAUCAAUUUCAGAAGAAACAUGGUAAAUACGAUUUGGUGCAAUUGGCUAAUCUGAACAAAACAAUUCCUGUACUACUCAUGGAUAGCCAAAGCUCUCUACCGGUUACAUUACAGAAACUGAUGAUUUUGCUCUUCGAUAUCAACAUCAUUAAUAAAACAAUAGCAGAUAUUGAUGUGGAUUCGAGCAAAAUGCCUUUAGGUGUCCUUGAUGAUGAACAGAUUAGAGCGGGAUAUGAGACCUUAUUGCAUUUAUUUCUUCUAGUCCAAAAGGGAAAAGUCAGCUAUAAUAGGAUUAAAGAUCUCUCUAAUAAAUUCUAUACGAAGAUACCACAUAAGGGAACAGAAAAAGAUUUAGUGGUUCUGAAUAGCAUGGAGUUAAUUAGUUCCAAAUUUGAGAUGCUAUUCAACUUGCAGAACACUCACUUAUCGUAUAGAUUAUUAGAAGAAGAAAUGGACGCGUCUGUCAAUAGAAUGGAAACAUACUACCAUAGACUGAACACAGAAAUCGUUACGUUGGACAAAGAUUCUAAAGAAUUCAAUAUGAUAUUGGAAUACUUUACGAACACUCAAUCAGAGAGACACUUGAAUAACUUUAAGAUGCACAUUGAAGAGAUAUUUCUAGUGGAACGGCAAGGUGAGAAGCAGCGCUAUGAGCCUUACAAAUCAUUGCACAAUAGGAAACUGUUAUGGCACGGGUCACGGCUCUCUAACAUUGCUGCUAUACUUCAUAAAGGUCUCCGCAUAGCACCACCAGGGGUGCCAGCAACGGGCUACAUGUUCGGCAAAGGGAUAUACUUCGCGGACGUAGCGACGAAGUCCGCACAAUACGUACACGCUACUGCGGACCAUCCCAGUGGGGUGCUUCUGUUGUGCGAAGUGGCGCUUGGUAAUAUGAAGAAAUGCCACACCAAAGAAUAUGUUACAAAAUUGCCAGAUGACACCCAGUCAGUUUGGGGAGUCGGUUGUAUUCAACCAGACCCCUCGCGCGCCAUCACUUUACAAGAUGGCACCAUUGUGCCUCUUGGCAAUAUUGUAACGAACGACGAUGUUCUCUCUGCGCAAGGUGAACUUAUACACAAUGAAUUUAUUGUCUACAAUGAAGCUCAAGUCACAAUCAAAUAUUUGCUACAGAUAACUUUUGAUGUAUGUACGUGAAAAAAAUAUUAUUUACAACAUUCUGUAGGUACUUACUCUUGUAAUCCAUUUUUUUAUUUAUAAUAAAAUUAAUAAAAAUG